ACAAAGUUCUAUUUAUUUUUUUGCUGCUGUUUUGGUUUGUUGACAAACAAAAAUACACGUGCAGACAAAAGUAUGUUGACUUAUAAAUAAGUCAAGUGCAGUGUGUGGACAAACUCGUGUCAAAAAUUAUUUUUAAACCAACGAUAAUAAACAAAAACAAAAGCAAAACAAACUAUUGCAAUCAGUACAGCAGACGACAUUUGGAUAAGCGUGACGUCAGUCGCAUAUCUGCCAAGUAUAGGCAGGAUAUAUACUAUAUAUAUAUAUAUAGAGUGAGAGCGCCAACAUGGAACGCGAUAACUAUAUAGUGCAGGCAUUAUCAUUGCCCAACAGCAAGCGUUACGUCGUCGAAGACUCAAUUACUAAGGUGACCUCGGAUGGUGAACCGCACGGCAUGAUGACCAUGGUGGCAGGUUUGUCGGGUCUAGUGGCUGCCAUUAUCAUACUGGCCGUGCUUGUUUCUAUGGUUGCCUGUCGCAAGCAGAAAACUCAGCAGCAGGAGGCUACCGCUUUGACAGGCGUCAAGGAGUCGCCGGGCAAGAUCAACACGGCCUUUGUGGAAAGCACACUGACCCUCAGCGCCUUUGACGACAGCAACAGCAGCAGCAGCAACAAGCAGACAACAAUUACCGUCGAGCGCUUCUAGCUGUGCAACAAAAUACGCAGCAAUGUAUCAAAAACAAAAAGAAUAGCAACAAUUAGUGCUGGGGCGCGCACGUGAUGCUUCUAAACGCAUGAGACUGAAGCCAACUACACAUUUAAGCAAACAUUUAUAUAUAUUUAAUGUACAUUUAAUGCAUUCUGUUAUUUUCUUGGCGUAGCACGAUGUGAAUUUGAAAAGUUCAAAAACGAUAACAGAUUUUAAACAAUGUUUACUACACAUUUUGUAAAACACAAACAUUUAUAUUCAUUUGAAUUGUCUACAAUAAUUAUCUAUAU